AGAGAGAAAGCAUUCUGCCAGCCCAGCGCCUACAAAUCGCAGUCACUUCCUAACCUCCCCCUUUUUAACAUAUUUGAUCACUUUGGUUCUCUGUUCUCUCUCUUAUUAUUUUUACGCGCAUGAAGGAGGUUCUGUAGGUUGUGAUCUUUUUGUUUUAUUAUCAGUCCUGUUUGCCGGAGAGUUGACUUCAUAUUUGACUCGAGCACAGGCUGCAACUGCGCGCGGCUGCUACCGCUACCUCAUCUGAAGAAAAGGAAGAAGCGGCAAUAUUUUUUUUUUUUUGCCAGUUGUUGGUUUUCUUCAAGACUUUACGCUGGAACUUCUCGCGUGUCGCAAGUAUCUUUGAAAGCUGCGUGUUUCUGUGCGUCCGAACAUCGCUACACACGUGAAGUUAUCUGUCCUGCUCUGUUCAUAUCUUCAUCCGCAGUGUUUAUUUCCCAUUUUUUCGUUGAUGGGUUUACUGGAUGGAUGACUGCAAGUGCCCCUGGACUUGGCCUCUUAGAACAAGGCUGCUAUUCGUCUUGUCUUUGCUUCAGUUUUAACCACAUGCCAGGUAACGCUGUUUCAGUCAAGAAAUAGACUACUGUUUGUCGUCGGUGCGCAACUUUGAACGGACAUUCAGACUCUAACCGACCGUGCCGAUCCUGAAUUAUUUAUUUUACCUUCCUAAGUGAUAAAGGCACCGUGCUGCGUUAUUAUUUCUUUAAGCAAAGCAUUCCGAAACCAAAAACGGGAAACAAAAAGUUUUCUUAACGUUGACUGAUAGAUAUGGCAAUGGUAGUGUGGAGAGGCUCCCAGGACGAUGUGGCCGAGACCCAGGGCACCCUCUCAUCGCAAGCCCAAGGAGGACUAUCCCUUCCAACCCCUCAACCAGGCCAGCUAGGUCUGACGGCCUCUCAGGUCGCCCCUCCGACCCCUCAGACACCCGUUCAAGGACCCCCGAACAACAACACACAGUCCACCCCGACGAACCAGACGACGCAGAGUCAGUCGGAAAAGCAGCAACCACAGCACAUAGAGUGCGUGGUUUGCGGGGACAAAUCCAGCGGCAAACACUAUGGCCAGUUUACAUGCGAGGGGUGUAAAAGCUUUUUCAAACGGAGCGUACGAAGGAACCUCACUUAUACAUGCCGUGCCAACAGGAAUUGUCCCAUUGACCAGCACCAUCGCAAUCAGUGUCAGUACUGCCGCUUCAAAAAAUGCCUCAAAGUUGGCAUGAGACGGGAAGUUUCUCAUUUUACUGCAGCCGUGCAAAGGGGACGGAUGCCACCCACACAGCCACACCAUGGUCAGUUCGCCUUGACAAAUGGGGACCCACUGCACUGCCAUUCCUACUUAUCCGGAUAUAUCUCUCUACUACUACGAGCGGAGCCCUACCCAACUUCCCGGUAUGGCAGUCAAUGCAUGCAACCCAACAACAUCAUGGGCAUCGAGAACAUUUGUGAACUGGCAGCCAGGAUGCUGUUUAGUGCGGUAGAGUGGGCCAGGAAUAUUCCCUUCUUCCCAGACCUCCAAAUUACCGACCAGGUUGCCCUUUUGAGGUUGACCUGGAGUGAGUUGUUUGUACUCAACGCUGCUCAAUGCUCCAUGCCGCUCCAUGUGGCUCCACUUCUGGCGGCGGCUGGGCUCCAUGCCUCCCCCAUGUCUGCGGACAGAGUGGUCGCCUUUAUGGACCACAUUAGGAUCUUCCAAGAACAAGUAGAAAAGCUCAAAGCUUUGCACGUUGACUCUGCUGAAUACAGCUGUUUAAAGGCCAUUGUUUUAUUCACUUCAGAUGCGUGUGGCCUGUCAGAUGUGGCCCAUGUGGAAAGUUUGCAAGAGAAGUCCCAGUGCGCUCUGGAGGAGUACGUUCGGAGCCAGUAUCCCAACCAGCCAACUCGGUUUGGGAAGUUAUUACUGCGCUUGCCCUCUCUCCGUACAGUCUCUUCCUCGGUCAUAGAGCAAUUAUUUUUCGUCCGAUUGGUAGGUAAAACCCCAAUUGAAACCCUCAUCAGGGAUAUGUUGCUGUCGGGGAGCAGUUUUAACUGGCCUUACAUGUCGAUUCAGUAGGCAGAAGGAAUUAUCAAAGGGGCUGUGACUACAAUAGUUAGCGCUUCUUUUGUAGAAGGAAACGGCUGUUACACGAGUUUACUUUCACGAAGAAAGACUUUCAUACAAUGACUGUGAAUUUUAAAAUUGAGACAUUCAGUGAAGCCUCGAAAUCCAGAGAUUGCUCCCAAUGUCAUUCUGAACAGUUUGUUAUAAUGUUUUUUGUUUGUUUGUUGUUGUUGUUUUUUUUUUUAAUAAAUGCAAAGAUGAAUAAA